GGCUAAUAGACGUGUCUCUGCAACUCGCUUCUGUGCCGCUUAUAAUUGUGAUGCGAAUUGUCUUGUGGAAAGAUUAUUCGAAGUGAAAAGAGGGGAUUUUGUAGAUCUGGAUGUACAAUGUAUACAAGGAAGCGAAAAAUGCUGCAUCACCCAGACCAGAGUUUGACAGAAUCAUAAGUUAUUGAUCGUGCCUUGCGAUACGUCACCGGUUGCUUCCAACUGAACAAGUUAUCUAGGCGAGCACGCGCUGCGCAGCCGGCAUUUCAAGAGGAGCGUUCAACUUGCAAAGGGUUUAGUAGUUAGGGUGAAAUUUGCUUCAGUUGCGGAUCGGUGAAAAGCUGUUUAAACAUUGGUACUCUGUUUUAUUGAAACAGUUACGGAACUUAUUCACGUCGUCAUGCAAGGAUGGUUGUGUUUUAGGAUUGCACCAAGUUUUCGUACUGUGACCGGAUCCUGUAUGUUAUCUCUUCAGGCCUCUUCCCCCUGGGAAUACCGGUGAAAACAAAGGAGCCAGAGGCGGUGGACAUAAUAAAUGCAUAGGACUAGGCGGCGGCGUGCCCAGGGUGUAUAGGAUGGGUGGAAGUCUAUGGCUCUAUUUAUGCCUGGCAGCAUUUAUUAUCUUUCUCUUACCAAGACCUACCCUCCAAGGCCCUUUCGAGAAGAAGCUGAUCAAAAAAUUAUUCAACGAUGAUUAUGAUAAAAUGGAAAGACCUGCCCAGAAUGAUUCCCAUCCCGUAAGAGUUGAUUUUGGCCUGACAUUGCAGCAGAUCAUUGACGUGGAUGAAAAGAAUCAAAUCAUACACACAAAUAUCUGGUUAAAUUUGAUGUGGAACGAUUAUCACUUGCGCUGGAACCCCAAGAACUAUGGCGGGAUUGACAAACUCCGUAUUCCGCCAGGAAAGCUGUGGCGCCCAGAUAUUCUCAUGUACAAUAGUGCCGACGAAAGUUUCGAUGGCACGUUUCCGGUCAACAUGGUUGUGACUCACGACGGGAAUACCACUUACAUCCCGCCAGGGAUGUUCAAGAGCACAUGCAAAAUAGACAUUACAUGGUUCCCGUUCGAUGACCAGUUCUGCGAUAUGAAAUUCGGGUCGUGGACGCACGAUGGCUCUAAGAUUGACCUACAGAAUCAAGGUGAUGAAGGAGACACAAGCACCUUCAUUCGGAAUGGAGAAUGGGACCUGAGGGGUGUCCCUGCCAAACGAAAUGUGAUAAAAUAUGAAUGCUGUCCUGAGGAAUACAUAGAUAUUACAUUUACAAUCCACAUUCGACGACGAACGCUGUAUUAUGGAUUUAACUUGAUAAUACCGUGUGUCUUGAUCUCCUCUAUGGCUCUUCUGACUUUCACCUUGCCUCCCGAUGCGGGCGAGAAGAUCUCACUAGGCGUUACUAUCUUGUUGUCCCUGACAGUGUUUUUACUGCUGGUUGCAGAAACAAUGCCCCCUACGUCAGAUGCAGUUCCGCUGAUAGGGAUGUAUUUUGCGUGCAUCAUGAUCAUGUGCUCAUUGUCAGUAGUCUUCACAGUCUUAGUGCUCAAUUACCAUCAUAGAAGUGCUGACACUCACGAGAUGCCAGAAUGGGUCAAAAAGGGUAUAUGUGAGUGGUUAGCAUGGAUUUUACGAAUGAAAAGGCCAGGUAAAGAGCUAUCAAGAAAGAAACUUGUACAAAAUGCAAAACUUAGGGAGUUAGAACUUCGUGAGCGCUCGUCAAAGAGCCUCUUAGCAAAUGUUUUGGACCUCGACGAUGAUUUCAGGAGAGAUACACAAAAUAGUUUUAAUGUUAAAAUUGACGAUAAUUUGCACAUGUGCAGCACAAGAAGUGAACUGCACUCUAUUAUCAAGGAACUUAAAUACAUCACCAACAAAAUGCGGAAGGAUGAGGAUGAUCAGGAAGUGGAGGGAGACUGGAAGUUUGCAGCAAUGGUGAUUGAUAGGCUCUGCCUGAUAAUGUUUUCAACUUUCACCAUUACCUCGACCUGCGCCAUUUUGUUCUCGGCGCCUACCAUGUUUGGUUAACGACAACGCCAACGUAGUAUGAAGGCACAACAACAUCGACAUCUUGAGUUCAUUGAGAAAGCAGCGAGGCGGUGUCGUAUGAUUGAGAAUACAUCACCAGGAGAACUCUAGAAUCUAGUGGCGGUGAAAGAAGAGGUCGUGAAAAUGAAAGGUCAGAUGUGUGUUAGCACAUUGACAUUGACGAGGUCCGGCCAUCUUGACCCAUUUCAAGAAUGAAAUUAGAGCCAGCCAGGGAAGAAUGACGAAUCAUAUUGGCUACAUCAGUACCUAAAGACCAGUACCAUCAACAAGAUUGUGUAGUUAGAUAGAUCAUAGAACGGUAGAUAGAUUUAACCUUCCCUAAAAGAAACGGUUUGCAAUCUUCCACAUUUGCAAGUCAAUUUGAAACAAUUUGGUGCUGCGAUGAAAUUUGCAGUUUGCAGCCAUUGGCCUUUCUAAAUUCUCAGGCUGCAGAUGUGAACUUCGCUAGAUAUUUGCAGUUGCUUUUCUAUGUAUAUAUUGUAUUACCAUUUCAAGUGGAUGUUCAAUAUUACCACCAGUUUUAUAAUUGAAAUGACUAUGGUCUGUAGAUAUCGUCAUCACAUUUUGGAUAGAAGUAGAGGGAAAUGACGCCGAGCGAGGAGUGGCAGAUAUUGUAUGUGUGAAGUUAUCAGGAAAGUCAUUUUGGGAAUGAAAGUCUUACUUGCAAUAAUAACCAUAUUCACUUGUAGUUAUAAACUAUAUAUAUCCUCCUGUUUAAGACAUUUUCGUCCCAGCUUAUUGACAAACCUCAAUUUAAUCAGUCCGCGUGGUAUCAGAAUAAUCUGACUCCAAAACCACGACAGAACAUCAGGUGUGACUGAUAUUAUUUGAGUUGAACAUUUUUCGUGAAAAGCAGAUUCAUCCUCUAGUUGAAUAGGAUUGUUGUUUUGGUUGUGGGUUUCCUUGUUGGGUUGUUUUAAAUUUGAAUUUUAUUUCGCAAAGCGUUUGAAUGUCGCAAGUUCCUAUAUCAUUAUGUGAAUGGUGUAUUGCAAUUCAUUGUCGCGGGGGCAUUAAAACAAAGAAAAAAAACACAUGAUACCACUAGUACCGCCGUCUGCAAGUUUUGAAGUUCAUGUGUACUUGAGCAGAUAUAAAUUAACGACGAUAUGCCGAAAAUGGCGAUGCAAGUUUUUUGAUACCUCCAUUUGGUAACUCGUUCUGCUGAAGAAGAGACUUUUGGUUGUCAAACGAUUUUUUUAAAUUGAUAUUUUCUAUUGUUUUGGCUAUUUAUUUGGGGUUUAUUUAUUUUGAAAGGGAAGUCAUGAAUAGUUUGGUUUUAGCCGUUGUUUACUGAUGUCAUGAGGAUAUUGUAAACAUGGUAGUAGCGUACAGAGUACAAUGAUGUUAUUUUGGUGGGCAGCGCUCAUGAGAGUAAAUAUUUAUUAUUUUUUAAUUUUAGUUGAAAAUAGUGUAGUGGCAUUUUCUUGUUCAAUUCUUUUUUCGGAAAUCGAAAUUGGAUUGUGAUAAUGUUCAUGAACUUCGUGAUGACUUUAUUAGGUGAAAUAUUUGGGUGAAUAUAAAAUGUAUUGUCAUUUCUACUGAAUUAACUCUGGAAUAGGCAACGUAAAUAACGGUUUAAGGCCGACAAACCGACAUAAACAAUAUUAUGAUAUUUCUUUUGUAAGUGAAUUAAUAAAUUCAAGUUCAUCAUGCUUGGUAACUUAAACCUUAAACUGAGAACUAUUAACCUGCUUUGCUACAGCUUUUAUAAUUGGAUAAAGGGCUUUAUCAUGUGGUGAUACAUGCAGUUCUUUGGUGUUUUUGUCAAGGGUAACCUACAUCUUUUUCCCCGGCCAUGUCACGGAGAGAUGCAGAAUUUGUUGAAUAACCCGAUUAUAUGCUCAGUUUUGUCUCCGCGUAUUCCGUAGUAGGAUCAUUGCCAACCCUGCCACUCGCCUCAACAGCAAUCUGGUCGAAAUGAAAUGCACAGGGGUUAUCGAUUGUCGGAUGCUCGCUUAUCGAUUGGCGAUACCCGGUCUUAAACUGACAGCAUUUUUGGAGUUACAUGUAUAGCGACAUUUGCGCCGUAUAAAGGUUAACCCAAUCGAAAGUUAAUUGGUUUUGUAAACCCUUGACGAAUUCACCUCUUUCUUCUAUAAGCUGGGUGGUACGAAGAAAGAUCAAUUUAUUUAUUUACACGGAAAAGAUAUCUGUGAGAAGAUAGGCUUGCCCAAAUCCAGCUUCUUCUAAUUCCUAUUAAAUUAUACACUAGUAAUCUUGAUUAUCGUUGUAUUAAACCAUGCACUGGAUAUGUCAAUUGACUAAGUUUUCUUGUUGUUAUUUGGAGAGUAGACGCAGUGAAUUGAAAUAUCCCUUGCAUAAUGUGAUCGAUGAUAGUCAGUGCUUGUAAACAUUGUGGUCGCAUAUUAAGUGAUGAUGUAACCGAAGCCAGCGUUAAAAUGUCCGUUUGUUCAAUAGUGCAGUCGGUUCAUUGUGAUAAACAAGAAAAUCCCAAUGUUAAAGAUCAUUUUGUACUCGAAUGUAUACAUGGGAUGAAUAUUUGGUAGAGUUCAAAAAAAUUAGCACAGCUAAUUAAUGCCCCCCGCACGCGCUCGGCUGAUUCAUCCAAUUUUCUGAAAAUGCUGAUUCAGGGCCAAUGGCGUGAAUGUACGGACCCAUGUGUAAGGCCUUUAUCACCGACAUGUUCAGAAUAUUGGAUAGAAAAUUUGAACGUGUGCCUCGGCAAUGAUAUCCAAUACUUGUUCAAGUGUUUAUUUUGGCCACCUUUUAUUGCUAAAAUACGAUGCCAUUGGUGAAAUAACGCUAUUAAAUGGCUUAUUUUGUUGUACUUGGUUCGAUGGUUGUAUUGUUUGGUUGUAUUAUGGUCAGGUGGCUCUUUUCCAUCCGAGGCCCGUCUCACAGAUUGAUUUCAGCACUAAAGGCACCAUUAUUAAAGCAUUACUUGAGGCAUUGCUUAAUGGUACCUUUAGCGUUGAGGACAAUCCAUGAGUCAGCCCCCAAUCUCAGCAUGGAAAAGACAACAUGCACUUCAUUUUACUUAGAAUGCCACUUGAUAACAACGGUAACUAUUAUGAUUGCAUCCGCGCAUAUUAUCCAAAAUUCGAAAGUCUUUUUCCUGUAACCUGGCCCCGAUACUUGGUUUAACCACUUCCACUCCAAUUCAAAAUUGCCUCAAUUGAACUUGAUAAAGGGGAACAGUAGCCGCGGAAAGCCACUGACAGGGCCUAUUUUUUCGAAACGCCUGAUCGUGCGGAGAGCUUGCAUGCGUGAUGCAUUUUAUGAACUGACGAAUACUUGAUGUCACCAGAGACAGUUUCCUGGGCUAUUUGCUCAAAGCGUGCGUUAUAAGGGCUUGGUUGAUUGGGAGAUGAAAUCUCCUAUCGGGACAAGGUUCGGAUAAAUAGACUGUACAUCGCCAGAAAUAUCGGACAUACAUGUACAUGUAACUGCCCGCACGUCAAGUUGUGGCAUUAGUCCUAUGGGACAUGGCGCUGCGAAAAAAAAUUCCAAUGCAUAUAUAAUGCACGUACACGUACUAGGCAUAUCUGAUUUUAUGAAUAACAAAUUCCCCUAAUAUGCGAAUAUGUUUGGGUUUUUUUUAGAUUCGAUGCAUACGUACACAAUAUGGUUAGAUCCAUUUCGAAUAUUUUUGAAGGAGUCAAAAGCAGCUUGAACGUGGGACAAAAUCAAAUUUUAUAAAGAUUGCAUGAAUCUCCUGUACAUAAUUUUGGAAAACAGCGCCAUUUUUUAAAAUUUAUGUCCUAAAUUGGCGUUUACUCGGCCGGUGCGUCCGUUAUUUCCACCGAUGAUUUCUAUCACAACAAGAGGAAUCCACUAUCGCAAUUCUGAAAUCGCCGCAAUCAGAGUUGUCCUAUGGCUUGUCGCUGCCUGUAUUACGUAGAAACAGGCGACGGUACGCCGUGGGUAGAUCCUCGAUGAGGUACUACAGGCAGCGAUACUCUGUUGAGCGGCCGUGGCCUGUGACUGGAGGCGAAACAACCGUAAUUUAUAGCUACAUUCGUAACAGUACCGGUAAGUGCGUUUCAAUUUUGCGUUAGCCGAUUCCUAGCGAAAUGACGGAUUGAUUUAUUACACUCUACAUGUAGUUGUAAAGAACUUCUCUGUCUGUCCAAAAUAUCUUUGCAAUAUAUCUUCGAAUGAAUGAAUAUACGUAUAUAAUAUGCAGCAUUUAUCAUUUAGUGGUAUAUGACCAUGGUUAUCAGUAUGUGAUGAUGUACAGUUGUUCACAUGACGCACCUUGGUGUAACAUUCUCAGUCAAUUUGAUAUUAAUUUGUUUAUGACUUUAUUUCAUGACGAUUUAAGUAUUUAGGAAUCUGCUUCUUGAGUAAGACAUAAGAUGCAAUGUAUUUCGUCCGCACCAGUCAUUUGUCGAUAUUAAGUUCACUUAGUGCACUUCUAUACUGAUACAGAGAAAGCAAACAAGUAAGCUAGAAUUACAUCUCACGGAAUUCACUAACGGCCCAAUCUUUGUUUACAACAGAGCUUGGUAAAUUGAUGCAGAUGUACACAAUUGUGUACAGUGCAUGGGUUCAAAUAAUCUUAGUACAUUUUGCGUGUUCAUAUGCUGUUACGCCCUUUGACUACAUGCAACCUACUCCAUAAAUUUGGUGCUGUUAGAGGGGCAGAUUUGAGCAGCUUUCAAGAUGAAAAAAACAUGACCACUCGCGAGAAUGGUUUUCAAAGCACUGAGGCCUGUUGAAUCAGUAUCGAAUGGCAUCAGACGUUAAAACAGUAACGUUAUAGCGAGAUUGCUGUUGGUUCUAUAGCUUUGUGGGUGUAAAUAAUUAUGAGAAUGGUUCCACGUUGUUACAAGAUUCACAUUGGUUCCUUAAGUGGGAGGAGGGUCAGCAUCUUUCUCUAGUCUUCUCUGGAAAGAUAUGAAUGACACUCAAAAGUAAUCUAGUUACGGCAUAACGAUCCAAAUAGUCGUUCGGCCAUGUGCGCUGCAUAGGUCCGUUCAGGUUAAAUAAAGCUGUAGAUAAUUAUAUAUGCACAUUAUACAAAAUGGCUGCGUGGACAUACUUUGAAAACAAAAUACGAGCAACUAGCCCGUCAUUGCUGAUUCAUCAUUGCUGUCGUGUAGCCACUUUCAUCCAGCUGGCGAUAUGUACAAAAGACUAGCACGCUAGACUAGAGUUUAUACGCAUCUACGGUUGGAUGAACGAGGCUAGGUGUCGUUAUGUGAAUCAUGCCAACGAUAGGCCUUUUAUUUGAAGUCGUACCUUCAACUAAAAACCAAUGCGCACACCCUUCUGUCAGUCAAUCUUAUGCUAUUUUAUAUUUACGGUUGUAUCGGUUUGACACGUUGUCAACUUGACACUUGUAACUUAAUUGCAGGAUUAGAUUAUGUUCAAUUAUAUACACAUUAGUUGACAGCGACACCUGGUCGUGCAGUUAUGAUGACGUCAUUAAUUGACAAAGCUUAUAGAAACAAUAGAUAUGUUGGGCUGGUUCUGCAAGCCAUACGACGAGGUACGAAAUAUGUAUUUCAUGGACGAUUUUCCUUAAAAGCUACGUGCAGGUAUAUGAAAUAUGAUUUAUGCGCGUCGCGAAAAUGAAUUAGCACAUGACUUGAUCACACGACAGACCUCCGUAGUUCAUAGUGCGUCGUUCGUAUACGGGUUGCGAAAUAUGCCUAUAAAAUAACAACUUGUAGCUUGGAGGAGCUGGGAAGGGGAUCAACUUCUUCUGGUCAAAGUUCGUGAGCGCAGCAUUGCAUAAGAUCGAAUAGAUCAUAGAGAAAUUCGGUGGAUUUGAGUUUGCUACGCAAAAUGAUCCAACUCCUGGGAUGAGAAUGAUUACGUUUUCUUAUCUCUCUGCCAGGUGGCGCUGUCUAUCUUCAUCAGUAGGCCUAUGUCUCAAGUUGAGUGCAGUUUUGUACGUAAAACGUUAUUGCCGCAAUGAGCUAAUUUGGCUGGUGUGUUAAGUGAACUUGGGCUUGUUGUACGCUUAUCUGACCAUAUUUAAUGUAAACUUGCUUGGGUGGCCAUAUAUUUACAUAAACGCAUAAUUUGUCAGGAUUGGAAUUUAAUUGUUUAAAAUGUAAGAUCUCCACCUUUCCUCAAUCAUCUUACUCUUUGUUAAUUUGAAACAUUGACGUUUUUAAUAAACUGUCUUUCUUA